AUGGUAAACAUGGUUUCAAAGAUGCUACUUUACACUGCUCCUUUUUUGUGCACCCUUAUCAUCUUUAAUGGAGGAGUUGCCUCAUCACCUUUAACACACCAGGAACUCAUCUCAAAAAUUGGCAACAAUCACAUGCUGAGGAGUAUGGAUGCCUCUCUCCUGAAAAAUGCCCAGAAACCUGAAAUUUAUGAAGAAUAUCUGGCAAGAGACUGCAGGGCUGCUUUUCGCCGUGGUAGGAAGGAAAGUGGCCUGUAUGUCAUCCGUCCCAAACACUCUCCCUUACUGGUGGUCUACUGUGACAUGGAAUAUGAUGGAGGAGGCUGGACGGUGCUGCACAGAAAUGACGUCAAUCAAAAAUCACCUUGGACAAGCACAUGGAAUGCUUAUAAAAUGGGCUUUGGGCACCUAUCAGGAAACCACUGGCUUGGCAAUGAAUAUAUACACCUCUUAACCCAACAGAAUGCCUUCUCUGUGCGGUUCCUCAUAGUUGACAGUGUUGGGAACAUCAAGCAUGCUGACUACCAUAGCUUUAAGGUAGAUAGUGAAGGUACUGGCUAUACACUGAGGCUAGGGAACUAUUCAGGGGAUGCAGGGGAUGCACUGACCACAGUAGGAGAAUCAGGUGUCCAUGACAACAUGAGGUUUUCCACCCAGGACCAGGAUAAUGACCGGAGGACCAAUACAAACUGUGCACUAGACAAUGCUGGUGGCUGGUGGUACGAUAACUGUUACUCAGCCCUUCUAACCAGCAGCGACCACAUACGUUGGAAAGGAUUGUGCACAGACAUUAGCAGGUGUCAAUCAGCAGCCAUCCUGAUUAGACCAAAUGGACAAAAUUGCAAUCUACCUUCUAGAUUCUAA